AUGAGGAUAUGCCAAGAUUCCUUAACUCCAAUCACUUCCUCUUUUCUUAUAGGCGACUUCAAAGCACGUCCGAUUCCUGAAUUUGCGAAACGUUUGAAAGGACAAGCCUUAGUUGAUUACAUAAAUAAAGCCCAACCAUUCUUCAAGGUAAUCGUAAAUUUCAAUAUUGCUAUACAUACCGUUAUCGCUGCAAAACUUCCUUCGAUGUCCUAUGAACAGCUCAAAUCUAGAAUAAUGGAUUGGAAAUAUAUCGAAACGCCUGAUCCAGUGAUAAGAGGCAAGGCGCCCGACCUUAAAACGAAAAUUCCAGAAAGGUGUAGAAGUGUUAAUAAGAAAAAUUAA